GUCUUUAUCCCUGUAUCUCAGUUUAAUUCAUCCUAUAAGAACCACAAUAAACACCCUCUUUUCCUUUUUUUUUUUUAGUAAUACAACAACUUCUCUUUUUUUUAUCUAAUCACACAAUGGGACUUUUAAACUUUCGAAAAAAAAGCAAAAAGAACAAUGCCGUAAAAGAGGAUGUGGCAUCUGACAUAGAUUCAGUGGCUUCACCCAUGGUCCAAUCCCUAUUAACGGAUACAUCUGACAUAUCCAAAAACUUUUUAAACUAUUCUAUAUUACGACAGUUAACAUUUGCUUCUUAUUGUAAAAGGCAGCGAAACGUCCACCAAAGAUAUUCGUCACUCGCUCAAUUUAAAAUCAAAUUCUAGCAGUAAUGCAAACACAAUCUCGCCAUUUUCACAUGCUCCUCCGCCCACCACUAUUCCACCCAUGAUCAGAGGCAGACUGUCUACUUGUAUCUCUGAUAACACAUCCAUUGAAUCCUUUUCGUCUUCCGAAGACGACGGGCCAGUUUCUCCUGCUGAAGGUACUGGUGGUGGUUGGUCCGAGUCUGCUUUAAACCCCGCCGAGUUCAAACAAGAAGACACAACCCCAUUAAUCGAGCUAAUCUCUCGCUCUUAUGCUGCUAGUCACAGUUCGAUUAAGAAAUCCUCUAUUCAUACAGGCGCUCCUUCUAUCCAAAGAUCCCCCGGAUUUGCUAUUGAUCGCAUGAAAGAGAGACACCGUCAAGAGUAUCAUAAAUCCAAGCAAGCACCUUCACCUCCUCCGUCUGUCAACCAUCAUGCUUUUAUCGCAAGAAAUAUGUCCUCUGUGCUCCAUCAAGACAGUCACCGUAAUCCAAUGUCCAACCAUACACAAACAGCGACUGCGCCCAAACAUGGGACAGCUAACCACCGCCCGGUACCAGCAAGUGGGCAGUACCGGUCAUAUCCCGUCGUCAUGAACCGAGAAAUGCAGAGCGCUGCUAAACAGCAACAGGAUGGGCCUGGCCAGGUUACUAUGACCAAUCCGAAAAAUAAUCAGGCUGGUUACACAAAUACAGAUGCACCACGCUUUUCUGGAAAAAGUUUAUUUACGAUUAAAAAGAGAUUACCAAAGCCACAAGCUGUCAUUGCUAGUGAAAAGCAAGGACAACAUCACUCGGAGCCCAACCUAUCGCUAUUAUUGCUGGACAAAAAAGAAGGAGCAACGAGGCGCAUUAUCGUGGAUGAAACGCAUCAACAUUUUAACAACAAGUUUAUUUAUAGAUAUUCGUAUCCAUGCCAACAACAUCGACAAAAACCUGAGCCACGUUGUUCAUGCCAACGUCGUCGACCUCAACGACGAGAGAAAAAAGCAAUCUCUGCAUGGAAGCCACUGCUUAAAAUAACUCCGUUCCAAAACCAGACAGGUUUUUCCAUCACUCAGGACGCACAACAGCCUCCCAAAAUUGAGAGACCUCGACUCAAAGCCCAAAAUCAAAGGCACCAUCCUGACUCCAAACCUUUUGUAACCGCUUUAAAACUAACCUAAAAAAUAUUUCUCUCUCUCCCAAUAGGGCCGAAACCUUGUAUAAUCUCAGUUUUAAUUAUUUUUUUAUCCCCUUCAUCCCUGGCAUCAUUUUUUACACUAUAACUUUUCUAAUAAACAAAAAGCUAAUAAUUAACACAAAAGUAUUUGUAGUAUGAUCUUAUUAUUACGUAGCGUUUUGUUAUGCAAUAAUAAAAAAUAAUAAUAA